UCUAUUCCCUCUGAAAGCGAUGAUGGGGUCGAUAACGCUGACACCAAUCUUCCCCUCGGAAAUGUAUGGGCUUAUCCAUGUAAGCUACCAUCGUGCCCCGAUUAUGGCAAAUCCUGGCUCCUCCGAAGCAACUUCCUUCUUCACCUGAAGAAGGAAGGUGCGCACAGUAUAGCAGCAACGACACCAGCUGCACGUCGUAUGAUCGAGAAAGAGUGGCGUUACACGACCGAUCCUCAUCUGCCACCCCGGGCGGCCCCAGAGUUCCGUUCUCGAGAGGAUCCAGACGAGCAUGUAUGGGAAUAUGGGUUUAGGGAUGACACCGGGAGGGUAAUAAGAGGUCGGGGCACGAUGAAGCAAAUGGAAAUGCAUAAGGAGUUACGACGCCAA